AUCUCGUGUUUAUGUCGGACAUGCGGAAUCGAGUCAGUGCGCGGUAUCCCGUCUAACCAGCGACGGUAUGCAACUACUUUCGAUUAUUCGUAGCGUGAGAACGUAAAAAAAAUCGGUGUCAGUUUUAUUUGUUCGAUAUUACAAGAAACGAUCAUAAUUUCAUCAAUACGAGUUUAUUUUUUGAUGGAUUGUAUUUAUCACGUGGAAAUAAAUAUUCUUUCGGAAACUACGCUGCUGCGUAAAGUUGCGCGACGAUCGUUGCGUUGACGAGGGGAAAAAAAAAAAAAAAAAAAAAAAAUAAUAAAUAACGGAAUAGAAAGUAAAUUAUACGUGAAGCGUGAUCUUAAAAAGUUAGCCGCGUGAUCGAGCAUAAUUCCAGGUGCUAAAUUUAAAUGUGUUGCUUCGAUCCCCUUGGGUUAUUUCAUCUAGGUUGGCUGCGCUCGAACGGUUCGCUAGCAAAGCUCUAUCAUCAGCCCUGCCAGCAGUGGUCUCAUUGUUGAUCGUCGUUACCAGGUAUAUACGUAGUCGUGGUCGCCAUUGCCGGCAGUAGUGGCACUGUGAACACCGCCUGCGCCAUCGCGAGCUACCACCACUACGCGAGUCAGUCGACAGUCUGCCGGCGAGCAGUGCGGACGCGUCGUGGAAGGAUUUAGUUAUCGUUGCUCGCAAGUAUUUGCUGGCACGACCGCGAUUUGCCCCACCGUCGGUGCCACGGUAACACGGUUCCCGCGGACAAAACCAUUUCCCCUCUGCCCGGCCCGACGACCCUCCCUCCCGUCGGUUACCCGGUGUUCUACCAGCGCCGCGGCAGUUCCCCUCUAUUGAUCGAAUUUGACCUGCGAAGUUUCCCCUAGCGUGUGCAGUAGUGGCGGCCGGCAGUGGCUCUCGCGCUUACGUUCCUCGGUUAGUGCGGUAAAUAAUCGCGAUACCUCGGCAUGGCUACUCCGACCGCUUGCACGCGGUUUAGUGACAAUUAUGAGCUCAAAGAGGAACUGGGCAAGGGUGCCUUCUCCGUGGUUCGACGAUGCGUUCAGAAGAGCACUGGUCACGAAUUCGCUGCGAAGAUCAUAAACACGAAAAAGCUCACCGCCAGAGAUUUUCAGAAGUUGGAACGCGAGGCACGGAUAUGCAGGAAAUUGCAGCAUCCGAAUAUCGUGAGAUUACACGACAGCAUACAGGAGGAGAACUAUCAUUACCUCGUUUUUGACCUCGUAACCGGCGGCGAACUGUUCGAGGAUAUCGUGGCGCGAGAAUUCUACAGCGAAGCGGACGCGUCUCACUGUAUCCAACAAAUCCUGGAAAGCGUACACCACUGCCACCACAAUGGAGUUGUGCACAGGGACCUGAAACCCGAAAAUUUACUCCUCGCAAGUAAGGCGAAGGGCGCGGCUGUGAAAUUAGCGGACUUUGGAUUGGCGAUCGAGGUGCAGGGUGAAGCGCAGGCAUGGUUCGGUUUCGCUGGGACGCCCGGUUACCUGAGCCCGGAAGUCCUGAAGAAAGAGCCGUACGGCAAGCCAGUCGACAUCUGGGCGUGCGGUGUCAUUCUUUACAUCCUUCUGGUCGGUUAUCCGCCAUUCUGGGACGAGGAUCAGCAUCGAUUGUACGCGCAGAUCAAGACCGGAUCGUACGACUAUCCAAGCCCAGAAUGGGACACCGUCACGCCGGAAGCCAAGAACCUAAUCAAUCAGAUGCUGACGGUGAACCCAAGCAAAAGGAUCACCGCCAGCGAGGCAUUGAAGCACCCAUGGAUCUGCCAACGUGAACGUGUCGCGUCCGUUGUCCACAGACAAGAGACUGUGGAUUGCUUGAAGAAAUUCAACGCAAGGCGCAAAUUAAAAGGCGCUAUUCUGACGACGAUGUUGGCGACGAGGAACUUUUCCAGUAAGUAUGAUGCACAGGGUCGGAGCAUCAUCACGAAGAAGGGCGAUGGCUCUCAGGUGAAGGAAUCGACCGACAGCAGCACAACGAUCGAGGACGAUGACGUGAAAGAGGAUAAGAAGGGCGGCGUCGACCGGAGCAGCACGGUCAUUGCCAAAGAACCCGAAGGCCCCGCCUCCCAGGGCACGCCCCCCAACAGUCCCGCCGCCGCCGUGUCCGCGUUCUCCAGGGUAGUUGGGGCGGCGAGGGAGACGAACAAGCAGAACCAGGUUCAGGGAGCUAACCCCCUUGGAUUAGCCGCGGUACUCCUACAGGGAGCGCAAGCUGGCAGCGCAGGAAGCGGUAGCAGCAGCGGUAGCAGCAGCAACAGCCAAAACAGCCAGACUGGCGCGUCACCGUCCUCGCCAGCGGCCAUCUACAUCGGCAGCAACCACGCGGCGACGCCCACGGCAUCGUCGCGACGCUACGACUCCUCGAGCAACGAAGCGGAAAUUCGACGCGCGAACAACCCCGGAUACGUGCCGCUUGUUCAAAACGAGUCAGAAGAUGGUAAGAAGAGUACCAACGCCGCACGCCGUCAGGAGAUCAUCAAGAUGACUGAGCAACUCAUAGAAAGCAUCAACACCGGAGAUUUCGAGGCGUACACGAAAAUCUGUGAUCCACAUCUGACUGCAUUCGAGCCAGAGGCUCUAGGUAAUUUAGUCGAGGGAAUGGAUUUCCACAAAUUUUACUUUGAUAAUGCAGUGUUGGGCAAAAACUGCAAAGCCGUGAACACGACGAUCCUGAAUCCCCAUGUACACCUGCUUGGCGAAGAUGCUGCGUGCAUCGCGUACGUUAGGCUGACACAGUACAUGGACAAACAAGGAGUAGCGCACACCCACCAGAGCGAGGAGAGCCGCGUAUGGCACAAGAGGGACAACAAAUGGCAAAAUGUGCAUUUCCAUCGUAGCGCGGUCACAGGCCCGUCGCCGUUCACCUAUAAUCACAAGUAAAUGGAUGGCGACGGUUCGAAAAGAAACAAAGGGGAGGAAGUAGAAGAAAAGGGCCGAUGUGUCGGUGGAUCGCUCGUCGCCUUCGACGCGUGGAAUGGACGAACGAAACCGUUGCGAGAAAACGCGCGACAUCACACGUUACACCCCUGGAGUGUCCUGGCACACGAUAACGAUCGGGAUAAAUAGAUAAAUACAUAAUACGAUCGUCUAUCUAUUUAUUUAUUUAUCGAUAUACAUGUACACAUGUACACACAUACACACGAACACACACGUGGGACACGCGUAUAAAUUAGUAUUAAGCGCGACAAGAAUGGAAUGGAGCGAGAAUUGGUCGCGAAAGUGAUCGGAUAAGUCGGUAUUUUUGACCUCGAUUCAGUACCUGUUCAGCGUACUUACCACGAAGCACCGCGACUUUGUGCCUCGGCCUCGAUGGAGGAGAACGAUUUCUCCUAUUCUCGAUGAAGUGGAUACACGAAGAAAGAAGAAAUUUGGCGGCUUUUCACAAAAAAGGAAGACUGUAAUUUAUAUAUAUAUAUGUAACGAAAAAUCUUUUAAUCGGUGAAGAAAAUUGUGUUCGAGAUUUGUCUGAAAGUUUCUUCUUAUAAGUGUCAAUCAAGGAAUAAUAAUAAUAAUAAUAAUAAUAAUAAUAAUAAUAAUAAUAAUAAUAAUAAUAAUAAUAACAUUACCGAGAUACGUUAUACUAUAGAACAUUAAAAUGAAUAUUCAUGUAAAGAAGGGGGAAAAUAGAGGAAUUUCCAAAUGUCUCGAUUUUCCGCAUCUUCAUUCCGUCUCCAUCUCUAAAACUCGAGGAACAAUCUUGCCAAUUUUCUAAACGCAAAUCACAGCAAAAGAGAAGCAACAGAAAUAAUAUAUUGAUAAAAAUAAUUGGAAUAGAAGAUAAGAAGAGACGAGAAGAAGAUAGAAUUACAGAAAGAAAGAAGAGAAUCAAAAUGGUGGAAAAAACCAGAAGCAGAAGAGCGUGUGUUCCAGUGGUCGUCGAGGUGGUCAGCGGUGAACAUGAAAGCGGGAAGUACGCGUAUAUCCAGGAAAUUGGAAGGAAAGAAUAGGAACGUGGUGAUGGUGGUUGGAAUGGUUACACAGCAUGGGAGAAGAUGAAGCCGCGUUCGACGAGGGAGAUGACGCCGGCACGUCGGCAACCACGCGUAUUUAGUUCGUAUGAUAGUCGCUGUACAGAACAAUCUUCCAUUGUAAUUUUUUUUUUUCUUCUAAUUUUCGUUCUCGUCUCUCGCUACGACGACACACCGGAAAAAAAAAAAGAAAAGAAGGGGAAAUCCAUUGUAGAUUCGCGCGCGCGCGCGCUAUCUCUUGUGAGUAACAAGUAUGAAUACAUACACACACACACACACGCGCGUAGAAAUUUGUCCAAGCGUACCUGCGUAUCGUUGCAUAAUUCGUAUUCGUCGAAUUACGUUUCCUGGCAUUCUGUUUAAUUCACGAGAAAUGUUAAUAUAUCGUACAACAUUGUUUAAAAAAAUGAUUUCACGAAACACUCUCUUGUUUAUAUGAUCAUAUACUAUGAUUGUAAACGAUACCGUACGUACUCUUACAAGAAGCGAGCAAGCUCUAUAGAUCUAUAGAUCUUCGACAAAGAAAAGAAAAAAGCUUCUCGCUCGAGAUUAAUAUCGGUGCAUACGCUCGCGUUGUACACACACACAUAUACACACGUACAAACAUACAGAGAUUAUGCGCGAUAAGUCCAAGGGGGAGAGAAGAGCGAUCUUUAAACGUUGUUACCUCAUCGUCGUAAGGGAUAAAUAACGCGACUGGCGCGACUCACGAUCGUAAGUCAGCCUCGCGUACGUUCCGUUUUACAAGUCGAAUCCUCGAGGGCUACGUCGAACGUGAGACCAAGAGACGAAGAGAAAAAUGGAUAAAAGAAAGAAAUUUCGAGUCGAAAAAAGAAAAAGGAUCGAAGAAAAGAGUGAGAUUCGUUCGCGUAGCUCGGUGUACGAAAGGAUCGAUCCACACUUCCGGCGUUCGUCGAUGGAGAAGAAGAAAACGAACGAAUGAAAGAAAGAAGAGAACGGCACGGGGGAGGAGAAUAAACAGAACGAAAGUCUGCGCGCAGAGUGAAGUAGAUGUAACACGUUAUAUCUACGGCGGACGUUGUUAAGAAGCAACGAGGAGAACUUGGAUGAUCUGCGAUUUUUUCUCGUCGGGUUCACGAGGCACCUUCGUUCCAAGAGACGAGUAAGAAAUAAUAAUAACGAAUAAUAGGAAGAGAGCAGAAAAAAGAAAAUGGGACGAAAAGAGGAGAGAGAGAGAGAGAAGGAAGGGUAGAAAAGAAACAAAAAAAAAAAGAUAACACACGAAAAAAAAAAUCUUUCUUACACCGUUCGUACAUCCUCUAUUAAUUAAUUAAUUAAUUAAUUAUUAAAUACGACUUUACGAGAGUAUAAAUCGAUUAUAUAUAUUAUAUAUAAAUAUAAAUGAACAAGAUUAUCUAGGAAAGAAUAUGAGAAGGAUUGAGAUACACAGGGAAAACGGGGGAGGGGGCGGAAGAGGGAACGGUGAAGAAAGAGAGAGAGAGAAAUGGAUAAAAGAAAAAAAAAAAAUAUCGGAGGAACAUUUUUGCCAUCUUGUUAUAUAAUUUAUAUGUAUAUUAUAUGUAUAUAUACACACAUAUACAUAUAUAUAUAAAUAUACAUAUAUAUAUUAUAACAUAUAAAUGCGCGCGUAUGCGUGCGGAAAUAAAUGGUACGCGCGUUUCUCUCGCGUUGGAACCGUGUGUUGCCACCGAUAAUAUAUAUAUAUAUAUAAAGAGAGAGAGAGAGAGAGAAAUCGGUCGUUGGAUCGUUGUGGUUCUUCGACAUUUCAUUGAGUUGUUAAUCUUCUUUGUUAAUCUUUGUUAAUUCUUGUUAACUCCAUAGUUUUUUAUUUAUUCGCCGUUCAUUGUACUCGGUUCAGCGUCGAUUUAGAGAUCGGUGAGAUGAAUGUCUAGGAAAUUUUUAAUUACGAAUAAUACGAGUAUAUAUAAAGUCCGAUAUUAAUAUAUAUAUACAUAUAUAUACAUAUAUAUAUACUUUGACUUGUUCUUCCUUUCAUCGAGUUGUUUCAAUAAAAUAAAAUCGUUUAUCAUCGAUUGAAUUCUACUAUAUAUAUGUAUAUAUAUUAUAUUAAUUAAAUAAAACUCGAUCAAUCGAGCGUUGAAUCGACGCGGAAUCGGUUUCUCGCCAUCGAAACACGCUCGAGAACGCGUGUCCACGUACGUGCGCGCGCGCGCUCGUUCCACAACUAUCGCAUAUAUAUAUAUAUAUAUAUUUAUAUAUAUAUAUCGAUAUAGGAUACCAGAACGAGAGGGAUGAAGGAGGAAACGGAUGAAAAGACGAUUAAAGGAUGGAGAGAGAGAGAGAGAGCGAGAGAGAGCGAAAGAGAGCGAGUGAGCGAGAGAAAGAGAGAGAGAGAGAGACAAACGAUUUAAUAUAUUGCAAAUACUAUAUUAUAAAUAUAAAUAUAAACAUAAAAUUAAAACUUAAGGAAUAGUGUUAUUUCUACUACUCUAAUUCGUCGCUUCUAUACGUGUGAUUGUUGUAUAAAAAAAAGAACAAAAAAUACGAUUAUUGAUUUAUUAUCAUUGUUAUUACACGAUUAUCAUUACACGUUACGAUUACUACUAUUACUAUAAUUAUUAUUAAUUAUUGCCGAACGAAAACAGUAUAUUAAGCCGAAAGAAUGUGGAGAAUGUGGGAAAUUGUUGUUGAAAGGAAACGGGAAGAAGAUUAAAAAAAAAGGAAAGUAAUGGAAGUGAAGAAGAAGAAGAAGAAGAGAACGUGAUGUAAGAGAGAGAGAGAGAAGGAAUAGUUUACACGAACCGAUUUUUUUCCUACGAUAAAAGGUAUUUCUUAAUUGACGUACGAAUGGAUCCUUAAAGGAGGCAGAAAUCGUAGACAGGAGUAAGCUUUCUAAGAAUGGAACCGAAUGGAAGAGUAGCAACAUCCAUUUAACAAUGAAAGGGAAAAAUAGAAAGGAGGGAAGAAGAAGCGACGCGUGAAGAUUCAUUAUACGUAUCUUUAUGAAUAAUGCGUUUGCAAGUCGGUGAUCGAGAACGAUGAAAAGUAUUACCAAUUUAGAUAAUCUUACAUCGAUUGAUCGAGAAAAGGAAUUGAAGGAUGUUGAUGGAUGUGUUGGAGGAAGGCACACGCUCAUUCGCGCGCGUUAUUUAAAAAAAGUUGUUUCUUAUGAAGAAUGAAAAAAGAAAACCCGUAAUAAAAUUAAAAACGAGGAAAGAAAAAUUCUGAACUGAAUUGGAGAAAAUAAAAGGAAACACGAUUUCACAACGCGGAGGGACGUGUCUCGCAUCAGAUUUUGCUGAAAGUCCUUUCUUUCCAAAGAGAAUAAAAAUGAUAUAAUUAGAUCAUUUGAGUUUUUAGGGGACAGUGAUAAUUAAACAAUCGUUUCUCCAUCGAUACAAACCUCUCUUGUAGAUUAUAUAUAUAAGUCUCUACGAGUUUUCUCUCGUUAAUUCUACUUGUGUUUCAACAGUUUCUUCAUACUCUUCUUCUUUAUUGAUUAGAAAUUUAUGAUUGAUUAAUGGAGCUUUCUUCCUUGCAUCUUCUUUUAAUAUCUUCUUUCUUUAACGCAGCAGAAAGUUUCUAGAAACUCUUCAAAAAUAGAGAGAAUCUUUUGAAAUUUCAUUCAAGUUUCCUCUGUAAUCUUUUUUCCAUCUACAAUUGAAAUUAAAAUCAAUUAAUUAAUCACUCCUUUUCGUCAAGAAAAUCAAUGGAGCCUGCAUCUUCGAUCGUCUCUUGUUGACAAAUCAUCUGAUUCGAAACCUCUCGUCGUUUCCUUCCACUUCAUUGCGGAACAUCGAUGAUUAAAGUUCAAUCAGAAUUCGCAUAAUCGACGCAUUUCCACGCGUGACAUUUUCCCCUCGAACAAGCCACUUUCAGCAAGAUCUGCUUUGUAAUCGAAUAAUUUCGCGAUUUCGCAGGCAUUGUUCGAGAUUUUUAAAACGAAUUGGGAGGAGAGUUCGAAGAAUUUGAGAGGGGAAAAAAAUCGUGAAGAAGGGAAAUUGGGAAGGAAGAGAGGAGGAAGUUUUAUGAAUGUUUUUCGUCGCUAGCUUUUUUCUUCGAUAUAAGAAAAUUUUAAACGAAUUAUUAGAUAGAGGGUGAAGGAUGUUCGUCCGAAUGGUAUCCUUUUUCAAUUUUAUGAUAUAUCCGUUCGAUUUUAUUACAUCGUGCAUGAUAUAAACGUAACGAUCAACCAAGUUGGACAAGCACUUUUACUUUCCUCUUAUCUGUAACGCGAUCUUCGAGAUCUUUUUUCCUGCUUUUCCGACUCUGAAACUCUCGUCGUUACACAUUUCUCGUAUCGAACGCUGAUUCGAACAGUGUUUCAAUCGAAUCCCCUCCCUAUUGUUGAUAGAAAGGGUGGAAUUCUCCCUCCUUUGCUUCCCCCUCGUCUUCCUGUUUAACGUAGGAAGCUUCGAGGGAUGAGAGGGAAAGAGAGAGAGAGAGGAAGAGUGCUUUCUUGACUGACAAUUCUUCUUCAAUCAAUUAUUAUCGUUAAGGGAAAAAUAUUAUAUUCGAGUAACGGGGAUGUUUAAACUUGAAAAAAAUUUUAUAUAAAUUUUUUGAAACUUAAAGAAGAGUUUAAAGAUGGAAAAAUUACGUGUAAAACAAUUCAAAACAUUCGAUUGAAUCAAGUCUUGCGUUAGAUUGGCCAUACACUUUUUCGCGCAUGAAUUGGAGGAAGAAUGAUGAAAGGGGUUGAAGUGUUGGAAAAAAAAAAGAGAGAGAAAGAGUUUAAAAAAAAAGGAAAAAAAGAAAACGGUCAAGAACCGUGACAACCGAAUUACCGAGAUUCAAUCAACAUCUUAGCGGUUAAUCGCCGUAGAAUGUAAUUAAAUCUAGCGUUUUAAGAAUGAAAAAAAGAAAAAAGAAAAAAAAAAAUCUAUCAUCUAUUCUACCGUGAUGAGAGAACCGCGACGCAGCGACGAUCAUCGUCUCGCUGUAGCUCACGCGCGCACACACACACACUGACCGAUUGCUGCGUAUGCACGAUUUUAUUACAGCGAUUUUUCUGCGCCACGUUUUUAGAAGAGUACACACCAGCGAAAAAAACUCGAGAGUUUUUUAGGAAUGCGGACUGAAACCAUAGAGAGCCAUAAAGAGCCGUGAAGAAAGAAUAUUUAAGGGAAAAAAAAAAAAAAAAAAAUAACACAAGUUCCUCCCCGAGCGUUUCCUCUUCCGGGAUGCUCGACGAAUCUGAAGCGUGGUCCGAAGUCGUCGGGAAAUCACGAAGUCACGAAGAGAUGCGAUUGAAAAAUAUAGUUCGGUGUUGCAGUUUCUUUCAGAAUUUGGAUCUUUUCUUUUCAUGAUUAAUCAGGAGAGUAGUCAUUAAGAGUAAUUCGUUCUGUCUUCAGAAAAGUCUAUCCAUCUUUUUAAUUAGACUUCUUAUUUUUAUUCUUCUAUUUCUUCUUUCCUCCCUCGAAUAUUGUAAUACAAUUUAUGCUAAAAACAAGAAAUUAAGUUAGUAAAGAAAUAUAAUAUAUUAGAAAGAUCGAUUACAAGUAACCGGAAGUAUAGAUCUUGCUCUUUGGAUCUAAAGGAUAUUGGUACCGAGUAUUAACAUUUCCUUGUUAAUUUCGUCGAGGUUAAAAGGAAACAAUUAAUACUUAGAAGUAUCCUUAGCUAAUUCUAUUAAUUAAUUAUCUAAAUUAUCUUAUUACCUUCUUCAGCGCUUUUCAUUGCCAAUAAAAUCUCCUACUCUGCCGUAUCUAAAAAACAAAUCUUUUAAAUCCAUUUUAACAAUAAACAAAUAUAAUCAAUUUAACAAACUUAACCCAACGAAAUUACAUAUUUGAUAAUUUUCCCGAGCUAUAUUUACAUAAUCGUCAAUCUCCUGGUGCAAAUUUUUCACGUAAAAAAAAAAUAAAAAUAAAAAAAAAAUGAACAAAUCGGAAGAUCACAGGUAGUCGUAACCCUUUUUCGAUAAGAAAAAAAAAAAAAGAAAGAAAGUAAGAGCCGGAACCAAGGUUCCUAAAUCGAAUCUCCGACGCAAAUAUCCUCGAGUGCGAAAUAUAUUCUCGAGACUCGCCCUCGAAAGAAGAAGAAGAAGAGUAUUCUUCCUCCAAAAAUGGACAAUCGCGUUGCCGGACCGAGGAUUCUCGUUUCAUUUCUCGCUCAACGCGAAUUGUCUCGAUUGGAAUAAGAGUUUCCAGAGAGCGAUUCCCAGAGGAAGUUUUCACACAGCGAAACGCAUCAUUUCCAUCCGAUAUAUAACACCGAAAAAAAAAAUAUAACGGCGGCUGCGAGGAGAGAGAGCAACGUAAAAAAGAGACACGGUCUUGGGCUAAUUUUGUACCUCUCCUUUCGUCUCUACUUCCAAGAGAGAGAGAGAGAGAGAGUCCGCGUUUCGAAAGAUUUUUUAUCGUUCCGUAACUUUUUGCGAUCCUACCUACUACUACUACUACUACUACGUACGCAAUAUAGAAUUAUUGAUUAAAAUUGAUUAAUGUAAACUUUUUAGCGUGUGCGUGCAUGCGUCUAUUUGUGCAUGCGUGCGCGUGGAAAAAAAAACCAUAUAAUAAUAAUAAUAAUAAUGAUAAAUCUAAUUGAGGUACAGCUCGGUUGAUUUUGCACGAUAUUUCGGAUCCGAUCGAUCCGAUCGUUUCGCCCACUUUCUCUUCGGCCGUUUUCGAACGCGUACGUCGAAAUCUCGAAUUAAAGAAAAAAAAAAAUAAAAAAAAUAGUAAUAUAAUAAGAUAAAGAGUCUGGAAAGUUCUCGACUCGAUCCACGCGUCGUUUCAUGCGUCGAUAUAUCUUACAUAUCUUCUUACAUUGCAAAAUCGAGAGGAGAAGCAUAGAUGAUGGGAAAUGAAUUAUAUGGAACGUUUAAAAUCGAUGAAAACUCGCCAAAAAUAUAUAUAUAUAUAUUUGAAUAUAUAUAUUUAAUCGCACACGCGACAGUGCGAUUUUUUAAUCCUUGCUUUUUAUCCUCGAAUCGUGCGCGUCGAACGGCCGAAUUAUAUAUUUGGAGGCAAUUCAAAAAAAAAGAAAAAAAAGAGAAAUAAAAAUAGUAAACGACGAAUUAAAAACCCUUUCGAGCUUAAUAAAAGAAACCAGGAAAUAAAAAUAAGGAAAAGAAUACGUGGGAUGGGAUGGGAAGCAAGUGAAGUAAGAAGAAAAGGAAAAAAUGAGUGUGCAAAGAUAGGAAGAAGAAAUGCAUACGUGAGAAAGAGAGGGAAAAAAAAUGCAAGACGAGUUCGAGGAGCGAAUUUGAUUUUUCGAUGAUAAUGAUGAUGGAGGACGGUGUGUUGAAGAAAGAGAGAGAAAAAAAAAAGGAAAAAAAUAGGAAAAAAAAAAGUUAUUAAAUAACAAAGAAGAGAUACGAAUUCUUUUUAGCGGACGUGCGAUCCAACUGUGCCUCGAAUAAAAUCUUGAGCGACGUCCCCUCCGACUAAACGAAAAAAAAAAAAAAAGGAAAAAAUCACAAAAAAGAUGUAAAAAAAAAAGGAAAAAAAAAAAAAAGAUUAUGACUAUGUAAUAGAUUGUAAACGUUCACUACUAUUCUUAUUGAUAUUAUUGUCAUUAUUAUUACUGUCAUCAUUAUUAUAUUGUCAUUGUUAUUGUUACUAUGAUUAUACCGUCACGCGCAUUUUAGAGGAAUUAUUCACGUGCAAUCUGCGAUGGCGAAUUCCGCGCGACAUUCGUGUUUUUACUUCUUGAGCGUUGCGAUGGAGAGAGAGAGAGAGAGAGAGAGAAUAGUAGAAAAAAAAUGAGAGAGAGAGAGAGAACGAUACGGGGUGAAACGAUAUGGUGAUAGAUUCACGGACAACGGACAGAGAAUUAUUAUUUUUCGAAUUUAAUUAUCCCGAGGGAUAAAAUAAAUUCCAAUGUUCGAAGGAAGAUUUUCUAUGGAGAGAGUGGCGAAAAUUCUCCGCGAAAACGAAAAAUCAAUUCUCGAAUUCAUCGAUCUUCUCGACGCAUUGCUAUUUUUCUUCACUUAAGAAUAUUGUAAUAUUUCGAUUCUAGUUUUUAUCAAAGUAUAUUCCAUAUGUAAAAAUGUAGAAAAAUUUUCAAACUUUUUAACGCUAAAAUCCCCGCGCCAUUUAACUCCUCGUUUAAUAAUUAACAAUUUACUUCGAUAUCGAGUUUAGCUUAUAAUAGGAUAAA